CCCACAUAUUACAACGCAAAGGUUUAUACAAAUAUACCUUCUGUAAUACUAAACACCGAUACUCCUAGCGCUGUACUAUUUUGGAACCAAUGUGCAGCGUCACGUCGUCAAGCGCAAGCCACUUGGCGCAAUGCUCAGUGCAACCCGCUCGAUUAUGCUGUAUUUACCUACCUGUAAGGCGCUCGCAACAUCCGCCGUUGCUUAGGACGCUCCAAGCGUUAAGGCCUGGCAAUGACGACGACGGAACAGCGUUGCCGGUGGCGGCACCGAGUUGCCCAGCGACAGCAAGCACUUUAAGUCCAUUCAAGGCCGCUCAUAAACGCGGUGGUCGACGAAGGCGGUUUGUCUCCCGCGCUUCGUCGGCCAAGUGCCCCGGCGACUCACCGCCGCGUCCUGAUAAGGACGAGGAUGCCCCAUCUAGCUCCUACGAUGCCAGCGCGCAGCGGCCAGGUUACACAUUGGAGGACACGCGGACGCUAGUCGAGACCGCCAUGCUGGCUGCCGUGUCGGGCCUGGCCUACCUGCUGUCCACCAUCCUCAAGCUGGAGAACAGCCUGGGCUACUUCCUGCCGCUGCCGGUGGUGCUGGCGGCGCUGCGGGGCGGCGCGGGGGCGGGCUGGCGGACCAUGGGCGCCACCUGCUUCCUGCUAGUGGUGCUGCUGGGUCCGCUGCGCGCGCUGAGCUACUUCUUCCUACACGGGCUGCUGGCGGCCUCGCUGGGCGCCAUGUGGAAGCUGGGCGCCAACUUCUGGCUGGGCAUCGUGCUGGGGGCGGUUGUACGGAUGGGCGGGCAGCUGUCGUACCUGGUCAUGUCUUCGGUGACCAUGAACGAAAACAUGUUUGCGCUGCUGCUGAGCAACGUGUACAACCUUUUGGACAACGUAACGGCUGCCAUGGGCAUUACCGGCGCUCCCUCGCCGCUGGUGGUGUCCAGCCUGGUGUUUUCGCUGCUGCUUGUCAACGGCCUCAUAUACUGCUUCCUGGUGCACGUCGUGUACCGUGUGCUGCUGAACAGCAUGGGAUACAAGCUGGGACCGCUGCCGGACAUUGUGAACAAGUACCUGUAUGCGGGGACCAUGCAGCAGCAGCAGCAGCAGGGGCUGGGGGGACAAGAGAUGGGGGCGGCGUGAGGAGGAGAAGGCAGCGGGGUGUGGGACGGGGAGAGGGGGGGAGCGGUGAGUUGGCCGAGCGGGUGUGUACAGCUGUGCACGGUGUGCCGGUUGAGGCACUGAAGAAGGUGCAGGACGUCGCUCCGUUGUAA